AUGGCAUCCGUCCUUCUUCCCCUCAUCCCCAGAGGAAGACGCUCAACUGGUACCAGCAAAACCAGUGUAGGUCUCAGCCCACCAAAAUCCGCCAGCAGCACCGGAGACCAGUCCAGCAAGUCUAAGGACAGACCCAAAGGAAACGAAGACAACGACGUCGCAGUCUGGCUCAGCAUCUUCUUCGGAAACACAGACGCUGAAGCGCCUGAGCUCGACCAUGCCCGCUUCAACGGCCGUGUCCCCAAGGAAACUUGGGAGCCGAGAACUCAGCCAUACACGAACCAUAUCGAGAAGCUGUUGUUCGAUACUAAAGAAGCGAAUCGUCUCUCUGCGCAGCAGUCAGUGCAUCUGAAGAACCCCGAAGCGAAACUUCCUAUUUUCUUCGCGGCGGGAAAACUGGCUGUCCGGUUUUCUGACGAGAUUUUGUCGAGUCAGAAAGGAGCGUGUCGGAUGUGUCGAAGAAGAGAGGUGAAAUGCUUCGUGUUCCGGCCGCUGAGCGCGACAAAGAACGGGUAUCUGGAUCUGUCGGAUUUCGAGAAGAUGCAUCGUAUCCUGCGGACUAUUGCUUCGCACACGACGCAUUUCAGAAAAAGGGCUGAGGUGGAUUGGGCAAUUGGGAAUUUUGCGAGCGAUAGGCCGUACAUGUGUUGUUUGGCUGUGCCGGUUUGCUCGCUUGAGGAUCACUGCUUUCGAGAGGCUAUGCUGAGUUCGCAGAACUAUAUCAUGGGGGUUAUGGAGGGAUCGAUCAAGCCCCGGCCACUGAAGGAGGAUAUCAAGCGUGCUAAGCGCAAGAUGACCAAUACAUCUGUGGGACGGUCCUUCAGCAGCACCCCAGGAGCCAUGAGCCCUACCGGUUGGAUGAGCCCCGGCUGGAUGAGUCCCACCAGCCCCGAAUCAUCAUUUGGUGCGUACACCACACCACCAUCCUCCUUCAGCCAGCUCAAUGACCCAGCCCAAAAACAACCCAAACUCUGCACAAUCGGCACCACAGUCUUCAUCGGAAGACCCGACCUCCAAGUCCGCCUGCCCCCACAACCCGGCCAACUAACCUGCCUCGUCCUCUCCUCAACCUGGCCCCAAACCCUCCUCCCCACGCAAUCCAAAAACGAAGCCGACGAAGCCUUCGACUACUGCCGCAUCGCCGGCUACCACGAGCGCCACAUCCUGGAAACAGCAGACUACCGCUGCGCAAUCUGCUCCGACGCCGUGCCCGCACGAAGCCUAGUCCAUCGGCCCAUCGCGUAUAUUCGAACGGGCAGGAAGGAGCUACAGGAUAAACAGCUGCGGUAUGCGCUGAUGAGGUUUGCGCCGUAUGUCGAGGGAAGGUGGAAUUGUCCGGACACGAUUGAUUUCUUUGGGGGGUAUAGCGAUGCGCAGGUUUUUGAUCUUGUGGUGCCGGUUUGUCGGAGUAAGUCAAUUUGUGAGGAGGUUGCGAGGACUGCGGCAAGGGAGUUUGUGAAGUUGUUCAUACCGCGGGAUAUGAAGUUGGUGUUUCCUGGUUUGAGUCCUGAUACGGAUCUUGCCACGAUAGAAUUCGGUGAUGAUCUCGCCUAUGAGGGUAACCCUGAACUCCUGGUCAAGAAGAUUGGGCCUCACGCCCUCAUCUCGGAAACAGGAGAUCGUGGCGAAGACCCCAUGGACUGCGCGUUAACCGUCACUAAACUCCGCCGCUGGUACGAACUAUGCUUUAAAGAAGAAGUCGCCAAACGGGAAUACCUCAAACAAAUCGGAUACAAGCGGACCGGCGACAUUAGUGGCUCAGAUAGUGACAGCGACGACGAAAGUGUAAUUGAUGAUUCCGUGAUCUGGGUUUACGAGCGUGAGAGCCGUAAUGAUGGUGCCGAGUCUCAUAGCAGUAGCUCAAAGACCGCCAGGCCGGAGAAUCAAUUGAGUCGGGAGACGGCGAUCCAGAGAUUAGAGAAUCAGAUGCUCUUCGCUCCUGCGCUGAAUCUUGACUUCUUGCUGUUAUGCGAGGCUGUCGGCAACUCGUGGGGUUUGCGGGAUGAGGAUAGGGAGUCGGAGGGCAGCAGUUCUACCAUACGGACUGAAUGGAUUGAAUAA